AAGCUACUCGGAAGUUACACACACACACUUCGUUGUGAAACAACUUUGACAUCUCGAGACUAGAGAGAGAAAGUUAGAGAGAGAAAGUUAAGACUGUAGACUCCAUAGCUGUUCUUAUCGAGAGAUUUGAAGGUCGGUUAUAGUAAUCCUAAUUCCUGAAUGAUAGAUACAGAUGUCAGAAACCGAAAACAAAUCUGUUGAGAUCACUAAAGGCGUCAAUGGCCUCGAAAAGAUCAUUCUCCGUGAAAUUCGCGGCAGUAGUGCCGAGGUAUAUCUGUAUGGAGCUCAUGUGACAUCUUGGAAAAAUGAGCAAGGAGAAGAAUUGCUUUUUGUCAGUAGUAAGGCGAUCUUUAAGCCUUCAAAGCCAAUACGUGGGGGUAUUCCUAUAUGCUUUCCUCAAUUCUCAAACAUGGGCUCUCUUGAAGCACAUGGAUUUGCUAGAAACAGAGUUUGGACCAUCGACACUGAUCCCCCUCCACUUCUACCCAAUGUCACCGAUGGAGUCUUUGUUGAUUUGUUACUUAAACCUACUGAAGAGGAUUUGAAGAUAUGGCCUCACAGCUUUGAGUAUCGACUGAGGGUCACUCUGGGACCCGGUGGAGACUUAAUGUUGACGUCUCGGAUCAGAAAUACCAACACUGAUGGAAAGGCAUUUACAUUCACGUUCGCAUAUCACACAUAUUUUUCUGUUUCAGAUAUCAGUGAAGUUCGAGUGGAAGGAUUGGAGACAUUUGAUUAUCUCGACAACUUGAAGAACAGGGAGCGAUAUACAGAACAAGGGGAUGCUAUAACCUUUGAAUCAGAGGUGGACAAGAUAUAUCUCAGCACACCAACAAAGAUUGCCAUCCUGGAUCAUGAAAAGAAGCGUACCUUUGUGGUCCGGAAAGAUGGACUGCCUGAUGCUGUGGUGUGGAAUCCAUGGGAUAAGAAGGCAAAAGCCAUGGCUGAUUUCGGAGACGAUGAGUACAAACACAUGCUUUGUGUUGAGGCAGCAGCAAUCGAAAAGCCGAUCACACUGAAGCCUGGUGAAGAAUGGAAAGUAAGGCAAGAACUUUCAGCUGUUCCUUCCAGCUAUUUCAGCGGUCAACUUGACCCGAGCAAAGUUCUCCAGAGUAGCUGAUUCGUAUGCUGCUGAACACUAUCAUGUACAGGUUUGUGCUCGUGCCAACUCUUCUGUGAGUCUUUGUAAAAUUUUGGUUACAUUGGUUCCACAGAAAGGUUUUCAAAAAGACUGCAUUUCACUGAUUGUAAUGGAAAUAUGAAACUGGUCAAACAGAUUUCAUGUUCUGCGGUUUUAAUACAACAAUGUGUUUCGAUAAUCUACUUCCUAUAUGAGAAGAUAGCCUUGAAUGUUUUGUCUUGGCGGUUGGAUGUGAUGAUAGAAAUAAAAUGAAAACACGAUAUUAAGCAGGUUUUUGGUU